AUGAUAUGCGAGGGCUCGCGUUUCGACGACCUCAUGGGCAGAGCCCUGGACACCUCGGACGAGCUGCUCUUCAAAGUGCUGCGCAACUGCUGUCAACACGACAACUCAGCGAUUAAGAAGCGGUUCGAGCCUCACAUGGACCAGCUUGUGGACCUCCUGAAGGCUCCCGACGUCGUGGCGGAAUUGUUCGUCGAGGUGCUGGGCUGCCUGGCCAACUUAAACAUCCCCGAAUUCGACUUCCACUCCCUGGCCUCAAGGCACGGCCUCCUGGAGUUUCUGUCCGGCUACUUGGAGGCCGGCGCCGUGGACGACGACAUACUGCUGGAGGUCGUCAUGUUUCUGGCGGUGCUCUGCAACGAGCAGACGGCGCCCAUGAUCGUGGAG